GCGACGACCUCAUGAGCAUCAUCUCCAAUUCGUGAGCCGAUAGCCCGCCAUUGGCACCUCACCCUCAAGAUGUCGUCGCGCCAGCCCAGGUUCAACCAGCAAGCCCUCAUCGACACCACCCCUCUACCCGACGACAUCCCCAAGGUCAAGGAGCUCGGAGCCAGUUCUGCGCCCCUCCUGAGUGCCUCGUUCUUCAUUGGCGCGCGAUGCAAGGCCUACAACGAUGACUACAUGAUGUGCAAGACCGAGGCCAACGGCCGGGGAGAGUUUGACUGCAUGAAGGAAGGCCGCAAGGUCACCAGGUGUGCGGCUAGCGUUAUCAAGGACAUCAACGAGAACUGCCUGGAACAGUUCCGCACCCACUGGCAAUGCCUGGAGAACCACAACCAGCAACUCUGGAACUGCCGGUCAGAAGAGCGCAAGCUCAACAAGUGUGUAUUCGAGAAGUUGAAAUUGGAGAAGACGAUACCAGAUGCGCCAAAGGGCGAGACCCCAGUCCACCUGCGCACACGCAACAUCUUUGCGACCCACUGAGCUUUGUAUAUAUUUACCGCUGGGAUGGGCACGGGGAGAAAUGAACGACAUCACUCUAAAUGCAUGACUGUGACGAAUCACAGCACGACUGUUUGUAACGUGACGAAGCGAUCGGUUUGCUGCAACUACAGGUCACGUACAACAAGUGAUCUGCUGCACUCCGACUCCUUUGUCAAUGUACCUUCGCAUUCAUUUUCUGCUGUAUCUUCUUAUUGCCGCUUUUCGUAUCUCCAGGCA